UAUAAUCCAAUUACUCUGUGUCUCCAUCUUCGUUGUUAUUUAGGUAUCCGUUAUCCGUGUUUUGCGAUAUACAAUCAGGAAAUCUCUUUUCCUGAGAAACAAACAAUGGCGACUCUAAUCACCUCCCAAGCGGUUCUCGUCCGUGUUCUCAUCCCACCGCCAAACCUCAAACCCUCCUUCCAUUCCCCUCGCCGCCAUCUCCUCUCUUUCCACAACCCCACCCCAAACCCCAACUCUCUCCGCCUCCCAACCAAACGCAACCCUACCCUUGUUGUCGCUUCCGCUUCCUCUGCGUUCCCCACUCUUCCCCCAAAAACCCCACAGCUCCCUUCUCAGUCCCCGCUCACCCAAACCCUCACCACCAUCGCAGCCAUAGCCUUAUCCUUUUCGACCCUUUUCAAUAAGCUCUUCGAAAAAUUUGCUCCCAAAAUCACCGAACAAGCCGUUCUGCAGGGGAACUUACUCCGCACUGUCGGGCCGCUUUUCUUCGCUGCUCUAAAGGGCCGUCCGACUGGGUACCUGAACACGCCGCUGACGGUGGUGGCCGCGGGAUUGGCCAAGUGGCUCGACAUCUACAGUGGGGUUUUGAUGGUUAGGGUUUUGCUCAGCUGGUUCCCUAACAUUCCCUGGGAACGUCAGCCCUUAUCGGCGAUUCGGGACCUCUGCGAUCCUUAUUUGAACCUCUUCCGGAAUAUAAUCCCACCCAUCUUUGAUACGUUGGACGUGAGCCCGCUUUUGGCUUUCGCGGUGUUGGGCACUCUUGGGUCCAUACUUAAUAGCGCUAGGCACGUAUACUGAAGAAGAGAGGAUUGCUGGGGUUCCUUGGUUCAUGAUAGGGGAAAAGUGAUUGUCAAAGGACUGAAGUUUCCAGAUGAAUUUCAAAUCCUUAUGGGUCGCAGGAAUAUCUACCAUAUCAAUCUACCAGCAAUAUCUCAAACCUAUUCUUCAGAGUGUUCUUUCUCAUUUGUCAGUCUCUUCUGAGAGUAGGCACUCCAUGCAAGAGUUUUUCAUGGGGAAAAAAAUGAGAUCAGACUACUCCCCAUGCAACUGGUUUCGGCUUUUAUUAUUAAUAGUUAUUAUUAAAUUUACAGUAAUAAUACAUUAGACUAAUUAUAUCGAUCUUCUUGCUGCAGAGCAGCUCCGUGCUCUUCUUGUGGGCAUGACCUCCAUCUACUUUUUCCUUCCAAACAUUUUUUGUACCCCUUUAUUUUCUUCAUUCGAUUUUGCAAUUGUUUUUUGAUUGGUAAACAAGAUUUUAUUGAUGAUAAGUGUGUAGGCAAGAGCUCAAGUAUACGGGACAUGUAUGCUCAAAUGUCCUAAUUUAGGAAUAACAUUAAGUUAUGCAUGUGGUACAUUUCAUUUUGAGCAUGGGAAUGCCCAUGAAAAGGCUACCCUUGUUGCUUCGAUUUUAGAUUUCAGGCAAGUAUUUUAGGCUGGGAUGCCAAUAAGUUGUAAGUACUGCCAGAAGUUCUCCAAUCGAUGAAUCGGACAAAAUUGUAGUGUA